CUUCCUUGUUACAGGUUUGUUGUGUUUGUCCUGGUAGCCGCCGUUAGUUGUCAGCUACAAAUCAACAUGUCGGCAGCGGAGGACGACACGGAGCUGAGAGAUCUGCUGAUCCAGAACCUGGAGAACAAUGGAGUCCUAAACAAGCUGAAGGCCGAGAUGAGAGCUGCUGUGUUUCUAGCCAUGGAGGAACAGGACCGAGUGGAGAAUAAAACCCCUCUGGUCAACGAGAACCUGAAGAAAUGUCUCAACACUAAAGACGGUCGUCUGGUGGCCAGUCUGAUCCUGGACUUCCUGCAGGUCUUUCACCUGGACUUCACCCUGGCAGUGUUCCAGCCUGAGAUGACUCGGUGAGUCAUGCUAAACGGACUGGACGGUCGGGACCUGGUCUAAGAGCUCGGUCUGUCGGACUCAGAGGUGAAGAACUCUCCUGUGCUCUUGGAGCUGGUCAGGAGAGGACGACACAAAGACAAGCUACUGGCGUCCUCUGAGGGAGAAGCAGGAGGAAGCAUCUCAAAGGAACCAACGCAGAAACAGAUCACACUCGCCCGCAAGAAGUUUGACUUCUAUGACAAGGAUCGAAGCGGCUCAGUCACAAAAGAUGAUCUGCAGUCUGUCUUCAGGGAUUUAUUCCCCAACAUGAACAAGAACAUGUUGGAGAGGUUCAUCACUGAUGAGCUCAGAGCUGCAGAUAAAUCCUUCAGUAGAACGUGUGACUUCCACAUGUUCAUGAGUCUCUACAAGCAGCUCUUCACCCAGUGCAGAUCUGUGGUGCUCGCGGACUCUGCAGACGUUGUUCAGCCUCAAAGCGUGUUAAUAGAGGACCGGACCACCUCACCCCCAGUUAGUAAGAUCCCCAGGUAUAAAGGGUCCAAUCUCAGAGGACUGAGUCAGACCACAGCUCAGGACUCUGACCCAGUCAUCUCUCCGAGUAAAGGAGACGCCGCCCUCAGAUCCGGUCUGAGGAGGGACCGUGUGGACCUGGACGUGGAGGAUGAUCUGGAGGACGGAGACUCAUUUUUUGAUGACCCGAUGCCCAAACCUCAGAAGACGUAUGGCCGUCUGUCUCUCCUGGCUGCAGACUCAGAGGGCGAGCAGGACCUUCUGUCUGAACACAGGAAGGCGGAAGUGUCAGGAGCCAGAGACAGUCCGGUGGGGUCCCCGAUGGAGGCAGCAGCUCCAACACGAGGUGGAGGAAGCAGCGUGUCUGACUCCACCCACAGCAAAAAUGGAGCUUCACAUUCGAAAGAAAAAGGAUUCAGAGACUCGAAGGCACCCAACGAUAAAACUGGGUCUCUGCAUUUAGACGAUGACGUUGAAUAUGACGACGACUUCAACAGUCAUCGGUCGGAUCUGUCCAAGAGUGAGCUGAGCAUCGGUGAAGAGAUCGAGGAGGUUUCCAUCGAGGGACCAGACGCCAGCGACAAGUUUGAUGAAACCACCCAGGAUCUGAGCGUCUCCCAGCUCAGCCAGAGCCACGGAGCCGACUACAUGGAGGAUGUGCCCUGACACUCCCAGCAUGCAUCUGUGUGCCUUGUCUGUAUUUAAGUCUGUACAGUUUUAAUGAACCAGUGUCUAUUCUGCCAAAUGAAACGUUAAAUUAAGAUAAAUAAAACCAUCCUCAGGGGACAUUCUGUUGUUCCUAAAGAUUUAUAUCUAUACACAGGGUUUUACAAUAACAUUAUAUGUGGGAAAAUAAACACAAUAAAAAUAAAUAUAUAAAGUUUAUAAUGGAAAGAAAGAAGAAUUUAAUACUAUGAUCAUAAGAAGUCUGGCAAUUAUUAGACGCAAAUUACAUUAAGGACCCCUAUAUUCAAGUUUGCUACAGUGGUUCCCACUCUUUAUGUGGUUGCUAUGGCAAUUCCCGCCCUUUAUACAUAGAUGCUAUGUUGAUUCCCACCACUUUUCUCAGUGAAUCAGACGCUGACAAACUGAGAUUUCUGAGUCUCAGAUGGUUCCUCAAAUCAAAUUUUUUUCACUGUCAUUAAGAGGAGACUUGAAUGAAUGCACUGAGAAAUGUUAUGUACAAAUACAGCUGAAUUUGUGGCAAAUAUGGUGAACUGGUUGUAAAUGAUCUCCAAUGGACAGCAGUUUGGAAAGAAAAGUCUUACAUUUUUAAAAUAAUUUUCUUGAAAAUAAAUGGAAAGGGAUUUUUUAUCGUGGUCUCAAAUUGCUAAGAAAAGACAUAGCACACUGUCAAGGAAAGGAUUUUGUUGGUUUUCACAACAUUAAACCUGACUUAAAACUAAUAGAUAAAACUGUAACAUCAAAAAGAUGAUCCACCUGUGAAUCCAUUUGUGGAUAUAGCAUGAGAAACACAAUGGCAAAAACACAAAAAUGUAAAAAAAAAAACAAACAUAACAUCACUCAAUGUUCAAAGAAAAGUACACUAUUCUGGGUUUUCUCAAUGCUUCUAAA